AUGGGCGAUUGGGACCUCCUGGGCCGCCUGCUGGACAAGGUGCAGACUCACUCCACGGUGAUCGGGAAGGUUUGGCUCACCGUGCUGUUCGUCUUCCGCAUCAUGGUGCUGCACACCGGCGCCGAGAAGGUGUGGGGCGACGAGAAGUCGGACUUCGUCUGCAACACCCAGCAGCCCGGCUGCGAGAACGUCUGCUACGACCUGGCCUUCCCCAUCUCCCACGUCCGCUUCUGGGUGCUGCAGAUCGUCGCCCUCGCCACGCCCAUGCUGCUCUACCUGGGCCACGUGCUGCACGUCAUCCACGCCGAGAAGAAGCUGAAGGAGAAGAUGAAGAAGCAGGCGGCGCUGGGCGACCCGGCCGGCCUCUUCUUCCAGAGCGCCUCCAAAGUUCCCAAGUACAUCAAGAGCAGCGGCAGGGUGAGCAUCCGCGGCCGCCUGCUGCGCAGCUAUGUGCUCCACCUGCUGGCCAAGAUCGUCCUGGAGGUGCUGUUCAUCGCCGGCCAGUACCUGCUGUACGGCUUCACCCUGCAGACCCGCUACGUCUGCAGCCGCUUCCCCUGCCCGCACAAGGUGGACUGCUUCCUGUCGCGGCCCACCGAGAAGUCGGUCAUCAUCUGGUUCAUGCUGGUGGCGGCCGCGGUGUCGCUGGCGCUCGGCCUGGCCGAGCUCCUCUACCUGUGCGGCAGGGGCGUGAAGGAGUGCGUGGCGCGGAGGCGGGACUACACCGUGACGCCCGUGACGCCGCCGCCGCCGGCGGAGCGGCGGAUGUUCAACGGCGGCGAGGCCGUGCAGAACCUGGUCAACCUGGAGACGGAGCUGCAGGGGCGCAAGCUGGCCGUCAACGGCGGGGCAGAGGUCGCCAGGAACGUGUCGUCCGAGAACAACAUCGGGGAGGUCCACAUCUGA